UUUUUUUUUUCAAUAUCUCUCUCUCUCUCUCUCUCUCUCUCUCUCUCUGCUUAGCCUCGCCGGCCACGCGCCGCCCAUUGCCACCGUCGCCGGAAAUUGUCUCAGUGAUACCUGAAGAGGGAAAACUAUGGGUGUUCCAAGCUUUAUGUGUGGCUUAUGAGGUAACUGAGUUGUUUGAUGAAACAUGAGCUGCACUGCAGUCACAGCAUGCCAGCUGGCUGUCAAUUUCAAAAAUAUUUAUCAUUCGAGUAGUGUACCUUCUAUGCUAUGUGUUACUCCAACCCACAUCAAUCGAUUCCCCGAGACUUACUUAAAGCUGGCCUCUAGUGGAUCAACAUACUGGUAUCGCGCACCUGUUUGUUUAUUUGGUGACAAAGGGAAGUCAGAGAAUCCCAAUAAGGCUUCUCCAUGGGAAGCUCUGGAGAAAGCUAUGGGAAGGUUUAAGAAGGAACAGUCUGUAGAGGAUAUAUUAAAGCAGCAGAUGGAAAAGCAAGAAUUCUAUGAUGAUGGAGGUAGUAAUGGUGGAAAUCGUCCUGGUGGUGGCGGCGGCGGCGGCAGUGGCAGUGGUGAUUUUGGUGAGCCAGAGGAUGAAGGCUUUGCUGGGAUCGUGGAUGAAGUACUGCAAGUGACCUUAGCAACUAUUGGUUUUGUGUUUCUGUAUAUUUACAUCAUCGAGGGUGAGGACAUAACUCGGCUAGCACAGGACGUCAUUAAGUUUGUGUUUAGUGGAAGGAAGAGUGUCCGUCUGAAGCGUCUCUUAUAUGAAUGGGGAAUGUUCUUCCAGAGGCAGACAAAGAAGAAGGAGAUGCGAGAAGAUUGGUUGGAAUGUGCAAUUAUCACUACUCCUACACUGUACGAUAGCCCUGAAAAGUACGAGCGCAUCCUUCGGUCCUACCUUACUACUACUACGACGACUACAACUACCAGAUCUGAUGAUGAUGAUGACGGUGAUAAUCAUCCUGAUCCUGGAUACUACGAGGAGUAAAUGCUUGUGUUGAAUUUCUUUUGGCUUUCUAGUCUUUACAUUCUUGUAUUUCUGUCUUCAAGUGGGAUCAAUGUUGUCGUGGUUCACUGUUUUUUUCUUGUGAGGGCAUCAGAAGAUUACUGUUUUUUUUUUGGCUAUUUUAUCAGUAACAUAAUCAGUGAUUCAGUUUCCUCUCUCUCUCUCUCUCUCUCUCUCUCUCCUGUGUACACCAAACUGAAUUCUGAAACUUUUGAAUCAGAAUCUUGAACAAACUGCAAAAAGUGGUUUGAUUCCACAUUUCUCUCUCC